GGCAGCCCAUCGGCAAAUUGCGAAUACCAGCACUUAGUGGUGGUACGUCUAGCUCCAUCAACCCCAACCAUUCCAUUAGGUCCUCCUGCUGCAGAUGCUACCCUUCCUGUGGCUCCUGACCCCAACCCAGGAACCACUUCCACAGAUCCCACAGGAGGUCUUGUUGAAACUGAGGAUAAUGCAGACAUUCAUGAAACAAAUGAAGGAUCAUCUCUUCUCCAGCAAGUUGUUGCUAAAAGACUUCAGUUUGAAGAUGGGAUGUUUGAUCAUUCUCCAGUUGAUGAGGAUGCUGAAUCUCUUCUUGCCGACCAUCCAAAUGACACAACAACGUUUGAAUCUGUCAUUAAGUCUGAUCCAGCAGCAGAAGGUCUGGACAGUUGCAGCAGCGAUGUGUCGAGUGUUCGGAACUAUGAAUCAAGUAGUUUUGGAUCUGAGUUUAGCUUAAAGCAGGAAGGCAAUGAAUUGAAAACAGAACUGGACUGUGAAGAUGAAGAGAAACCAUUAGAUAAGAGCAGCUGGGAUAUGGAGGUGCUUAAUUCAUUGGAAGAUGGAUCAACCUCUCCUGUCGAUCUUCUCUCCCUCAUAAAAAUUCUUGGCAAGGAAAUUUCAACUUGUGAAACGCUCUUGAAGGAUGAACUUGAGAAAAGAAAACGUUACAAGAUAGAUGAUAGUCGAAGAACACACAAUUAUGACCAGUUCAUCAUCACAUUUCUGGCCAUGCUUGCUGAACAAGGGAAGAUAGGAGACCUUGUUAAGCAACAGAUGCAGCCCUCUCGCAAAAGACCGGCUCCAACCCCUGCCACCCCUCGAGGAUCUAGGCCACCAUUAAAGAAGACAGAGUCAAAGUCAUCUCCCAACUCUAGAAAACGAGGUAGAAAGAAAAAGGCUAAAGGGAAAAGGAAGAGAUAGAAAAUAGUCCUGCUGGAACUUCUGAAGGAAAAGAAAUUGCAUCUCAUACAAAAGCACUUUUAUGUAACAUAAAAUGUUUAAAGGGUACUAGAAUUGGGCAAAGCUCCUAAUAUUUAAUAAAAUCUGAUAUUGAACACAAUCAAAUAAAUUCUAUAAUAAUUAACAAGAUUGUAUAUGCAUUUCCCUUUUCAUUUUCUCACAAUAGAUAUCAGAUUCCUCUCUAUCUACAGAGCACAGUCAUAUGCCUAAACAAUUUUUUAUUUUUGUAUAUAUACAAUAUAGCCAUAUUGAAAGCACCUUCAUCACAAUAUAUAUAUAGUAAUGGUCCUUCUGUUGAAGAAAGUACAUAAAAAUGUUCACGCAAUGAUAAGAUUGAAGAUUAAUAAGCGACACUUUAUUUAUAAGUAACAUAAGUGAUAUCAAUUGCACAAAUGCAUGAGCAGUUUUGAGAAAAUAAGCCUUUAUGAGAUAAUUUCAGUUGUGAUGAUGUGAAGUACCAUGCAAAAAUCUUAUUCAGUUUUAAUGUACAUAAUCACAGGGUGGGAAUCACAGAAUUAGCUUCAGUAAUAAUAUUUUUGAGUAUGGCCAAUGCUCGUAGCAAUGUAUUUGGCAUAAAUUGGCAUACCUAAUACACCUUAACAAGUGUUAUUGUAGACACUAAGUAAUCUGAAUUUAUUUUUAAUUCUCUCUCUAGGUUGUUUAAAUUACUAAAUUUUGGAUUGUAAAUAAACAUGCUAUACAAAACAAAAGCCUAUCUUGAAAUUACAAAAAGCAAAUGACUUAACAAUUAAAUUAAAUGACAAAUGACACAUAUUACCCAAAUAUAGAUGCUGUGCUAUUAGUGACAAAAUGCUGGAAAUCUAUCAAACAUACUACUGUCAAAAUACAGUUAUUCAAUGAAGAUAAUACAAGGCAAAAUGGUGGAAAAUGUGUAUAUGAAUGUUCAUAUUUUUGUGGUAAAAAGUCACACUUCCAUGAGUGACAUUAAUUACCUGUACAUGGCUAUAAAAAAAAA